AUGAUUUCUAUUAAAGAAGAUAAACAAUUUUUAAUUUAUCAAAGGAAAAAGGGACGGCCAGGAUUUAUGUACGGAAUCGAUUUCAAGGAAUUUAAAAUAACAAAAAGAGAAACAAGAAUUAUGGAACAAAGAAAGGCAGACGUGAUCAGAAAAGAGCAAAGCGAUCGUGAAGUUGAACAAAUGAUGCAAACUGCCGAAUUGGUCUCAACCUCAAGCAGCAGUUUAGAAUCAGAUGUUAGUGUAGUACCAGUUGCUGGAACAUCCACUGCUAAUAUUGUGAUAGAACAUACUUCCCCGGAAGAUAUGGAAUUUGCAUCCCUUUUAUCAGAAUCACCAAGAGUAAAAAGGAAGAGAGGAUUUCGUAACACAAUGACAACUAAGCUAUGUGCGGUUUUAGAUAAAUAUCCGUUGACGUGGCAUCAAAAUGAAUGUUUUGUAAAAGGUCUGGAAUUAGUGAAUACAUUGAAAGUUGUAAAUGAUUCGGCUGAUAGAGGGGAAGAUUAUAAUAAAUUAUUUACGAAAAACGAACAACAAAAACAAUACACGUUCCUGAGAAACUACCUAGAGUCAACAAUAAGAAGUCAAAGAAUUAAUCUGCUAAUAGUAAAAUCAAACGAAGGCCCAAAUUUGAAUGACGCCUUUAUUCUAUUUAAGAAUUUGAUCAAAAUUACGAAUUACAUGAACAAAAUUUUUGGGUGGCAUGUAUUUUUUGGAAUGUGCUCUACUGUAACGACGAUAUUAUACUGCGUAGUUUGUUUGAUAUAUGGUGAUGGUGAUGAUUCUGAUUUUUCUUCUCUGUUUAUUUAUAUAGCACACACUGUUAUAUAUGUUGUGGCCAUUAUCUUCUUAGUGAUAUACUGCGAAGGAAUUGAAAUACAGUCCAAAAAUAUAGUAAAAACUUGCUACAGUCACCAAGAAAGUCUAUCAGGAACGGUUUUGGAAAAUCAGUUGCUAAGAUUCGCAGAAAUUAGCGAGCACUUGCUUCCGCACUUUACGGCAGCAGGUUUUGUGAGAGUUAAUAAAUCACUCCUGAGCUCUAUUUUUUCUGCUACAAUUACGUAUUUAAUUAUUAUUAUACAAUUUGAUAUUUCCUUAAAGAAGAAAUAG